CUAUCCCUUGGAAAAUUCCUUGCUGAUUUUGAUCCUAUCCUUUGGAAUUUCUUUUCCAUUGUUGACCCUCCCAUGGAAAUUCCAUACGUUUUACUCAUUUUUCUUACCUACCCUUUGGAAUUUCCGCAGAUUUGCUUUAAAAUUUGGACCCUCCCAUGGAAAUUCCUUCAUUUUUUGUUCACUUUUGCAGGGGGCCGUUGGAAAUUCCACAUGUCCUCAAUGGGGGUUGCAGACAAAAAAUGCAAUGUUUUUCAGUGUCGCUGUCUUUUACAAAAGAAUAUGCAAAUACAUUCACAAUUUUGCCAUGAAGCAAUGGCGAUAGUUCAAAAUGUUUUAUUUGGAAUUAGUGGAACUAUAUUUAUAUAUACAUUAACAAUGAUGGUUUGUCCAUAGGGUUUGUCCUAUGGGCGCCCUUCAUACGGGUCGACAAAUAUUGAUAUUUUCGAAAAAACUAAUUAAAUUCUGCCUACCCGUUAUUGAUAUAUGAAGCUCCAACGAUCUGGCAUCAUUUACAACAAGUUGUACACUUGAAAAACCAAAAUUUACUGCAUAAAAGAGGAUUUAUUGUCAACUUAGUCCAUUUCCACAAUACAAAAUAUACAAAUUAUCACGCUCCGUGGGAACGAACAAUAUGGCCGCCGCACGUAAACUGCGACUGCGAUCAGGCUUCAAUUUUCGCCUGCCUACAGGGUGGAAUGCGCUAUCUAGUGUAUAUGAGAUAUCUAUGGUUUGGCCUAGCCUCCUGCGCAGACGUUGUUAGUGGCCGAGGCCUCACCUAACGUCUGCUCACAUUCGCUAUACAUUUGACUUCCCGACAAUUAACCAAUCACAAUCAUCUACACGAUAAUUGGAAGAUCGGCCUUCAAUGACCUUCACACGCAUGGGUUAUUAUCACUGUGCUAUUAUCAACAAGUCUGUAGUAUUUUUAAAUUUGGAAGUUUUAACACUGCGCAUCAGAAAAAGACUUUUCAGUCUAUUAUAAACGAAAAGAAGGAUGUUUUCGUAAAUCUCACAACUGACGCAGGAAAUCACUUAUUUAUCACGCCGUUACCGAAGCUAUUCGAUGUAAUAUUCGGAUUUAAAUAUUUAAACAAAUUGUAAACAUUGUAAACAUUUAGUAAUCGUGAUUUCGUCAUUGAUAAAUUCAAUACGAUCGUGAUCAAGUAAAAAAAUUACACGAUCUAGGAGUCGGUGCUGUGUCAUUAUAUUAAGUUUAAUCGAGAGCGAUAAAGAAGCGAAGACAUUGGAAGAUGGGAAAUAUUCUGACUGUAUUAUAUGGCACAGCAGAGUCAUUGCUGAAGACAAAGACAAAGUGUAUGGCAGAACGGUUUGUGCUUUGGCUAUUGAUGCAUGAAGCUCAUUUCAGUAUGUAUUAUAAUAAAUCCUAAACAUGUGUUUGCAUUUGCAAUUCUCAAAGCCACAGCAAUCGAUCGGCUUUGACCAUUUUAAUAGUCGUUAUUUUAUAUUGUCUUGAUUUAUACGUUGCCUCGUAUUAUCUAUUGUACGUAGCACCAGCAAGUUUAUGAGCCAUUCUAGUUAAUAUACAUGCCCCAACCCUCUGAUGUAAACCCUUCAUAAUUGCCCUCAUAUAAACUUGCAUGCUAGUACUACAUGCAAAUAGAUAAUACGAGGCAAUGUAUAAAAAGACAAAUUCAAUUUAAAUAAACAAUAUAAAAUAUUAAUGAAUAAUGACUAUUAAAAUGGCCAAGCCCGAUCGAUUCCUGUGUCUUUGGGAAUUACAAAAGCGAACACAUUUUUAGGAUUUAUUAUAAUACAUACCAUUCUUUAAUCGCAUGAGCUUCAUGCAUCAACAGCCAAAGCACAAACCAUUUUGCUAUACGUACAAUUUGUUGAAGCAUUCGUUUCCAUCGUUCGGUCUUCAACAAUGACUCUGCAUAUAAUACAGUCAGAAUAUUUCCAUUCUUCCAAUGCCUUCGCUUCUUUAUCGCUCUCGAUUCAACUUAAUAAUGACACAGCACUGACUCCUAGAUCGUGUAGUUUUUUGACUUGAUCUCGUAUUGAAUUUAUCAACCGAAACCACGAUUACUAAAUGUUUACAAUGUUUACAAUUUGUUUAAAUAUUUAAAUCCGAAUAUUACAUCGAAUAGCUUCGGUAACGGCGUGAUAAAUAAGGGAUUUCCUGCGUCAGUUGUAAGAUUUACGACAACAUCCUUUUCGUUUAUAAUAGACUGAAAAGCCUUUUUCUAAUGCGCAGUGUUAAAACUUUCAAAUUUAAAAAUACUACAGACUUGUUGAUAUAGCCCAUGCGUGUGAAGGUCAUUGAAGGCCGAUCUUCCAAUUAUCGUGUAGAUGAUUGUGAUUGGUUAAUUGCCGGGAAGUCAAAUGUAUAGCGAAUGUGAGCAGACGUUAGGUGAGGCCUCGGCCACUAACAACGUCUGCGCAGGAGGCUACGGGUAAAGCUGAUGGUGCCCAAAUAUCAUUCACUGACAUGCUGAAAUCUCAUGUUGAUGAAUUCAUCAAAUUACAUGACGAGGUAGAUUGGAGUAAAGAGAAUGUCCAGAUUAAAAUCUCUGGUGAUGGGGCACAAAUGACAAGAAAUUCUAGUUUCAUUUUGCUGUCGUUCUCACUACUUCAAAAUCAAGAUGACGUAAUGUCUGCUAGUGGAAACCAUACAUUUGCAAUUGUGAAGGGAUCAGAAAGCUAUGAAACACUACAGGACUCAUUUGGAAUGAUUUUCCAGGAGAUUAACAAUUUAAUCCAGGUGGGUGAGAUUACUAUCAAUAACUCAAGAUUAAAUCUUGAGUUUUUCCUGGGGGGAGACUACAAAUUUUUAUUAAUUAUGAUGGGCAUGAAAGCAGCAACAUCCAAUUUUGCAUAUGUUUGGUGCAAGAUCCACAAGGAUAACCGAUGGAAAAUGGACAAGGACUUAACCCAUUAUAACUCUAUCCCAAUCAAACGCACGCUGCAAGAAAUCAUAAACAUGGCAGAGAAAAAGGGUACACAGGACAAGUUCUCUUGUGACCAUAAGCCUCUUAUUAAUAUUGAUUUAGAUCAUGUUGUAUUAGAUGAGUUACACUUGUUACUAAGAGUAAUGGAUGUUUUGUUGAAUAAUAUUAUCAGGAAGUAAUUUCCUGGGAUCAGAAAGAAAAUUUUAACAAAAAAAAGAGUGAAAGAAGUGACACUCAUCUUACAACACUUCAGGAAGCAAUAAGGUCAUGCGGAGUCAGUUUUGACAUUUGGGAAAAGAAAAAUGAAGAUGGAAGGGGAUCCGGGCAAUAUGACUUUACAAGCCUGCUUGGGGCGGACAAGAAGAAGCUGUUGGCUGCGCUUCCAGACAAAUUUGCCAAUUGUCUAAUGCCGGGUACAUGUGAAGUUGUCAGUAAAAUAUGGAAAGAUUUUAAUGAUAUCUACAAAAUGAUAACUGUUAAACAUACAACAGAUGAGAUUUGUAAUGAUUGUUUUAAAAAAUCAAAAGAAUGGAUCAAACUUUUUACCUCAUUAAGGGACUCUUCUAUUCACAGAGGAUAUAGAAGAGCAGCAGUAACUCCAUACGUGCAUGCACUUGUGUAUCAUGUACCUGUAUUUAUGAAAAAGUAUCAUUCUGUUAAAUUUUUCACUGGCCAGGGGGUUGAGAAAAACAAUGAUGUGGCAAGGAGUGUCGUUCUGCGUAAAUCAAAUAACAAAAAUCCUGCAUCUGAUGUCCUCCAAUUAGAGUUCAGGCAGUGGGAAUUGCGCGGAAGCGAGCGAACAAAGAGGUCAUACAACAAAAAGGAUAAUAAUUACUGGGAAGUUGAGAUUAAAAACAAAAGAAGAAGGGACAGUUAA